AUGUUGGCCCUAGUGAUUAACAGCAAUGGCCUAAGAAGAUUUGGUCCCUUUUCCAUUCAACAAGUUUGCUGCAAGCAUCAAAGAAUCAGGUUUAAGGCUCCAAAUGUUCCUAAAGAAAAAUCCUUUGUAUUUGAACGGAAAAAAAGUUCAUUAAAGAAAGUGACACCGAAAAAGGAGAGUCCAGAAUUUCUUGCCCGAAAACCUUCUGACAAUAUUUGGAUUAGAAGCUUCUAUCCUCAACAGAGCAACACAUUAGAAGCAGCAGUUACCAAACACCAGGAAUAUGCCGAUCCAAUGAUGCUAAAUAAUAUGGAUGGUUUAAUUUAUGCAGACAUGCAACUUGAUAUGAAAACAAAGAAAAAGACUAAAUUCUUGGCUAAUGUAAAGAGUACAAUUUUGUAUCCUCACCAAUUUGACUCUGGACCACCACCUCGCUGUCUUGUGUUAUCUGAUAAAACUGAAGAUGUGGAGAAGGCUCUUUCAGCAGGGGCUUCAUUUGCAGGAGGGGUCGAGCUGAUUACACAGCUGAAAAAUGAAGUCAUUGCCAGAAGCAUGUACGAUCAAGUUUUGUGUACACCAGGGAUCUUUACUGAAUUGAUGGUUCUCAGACACAUUUUCAAAGAUAAGUUUCCUCACCAAAGGAAGGGAACUUUAGGUGAUGAUGUGGAGGCUAUGUUGCAUCAUUUUCUGUUUGGAGUCAGUUAUGAGUCCAAGAAGCUUUAUGAAGAUGUUGGCAGUUUACAAGUCCCAUUUGGACAGCUGAACAUGAACAAAGAUCACUUGUUAGAAAAUUUCCAAAAGCUGGUAGAUAAACUUUGCCAAGGUCGAAGUGAGAAACUUGGUCCAUUUAUUACUGAAAUCCACAUCAUUGCCCCACCUUCUCCAGAGAAAUUCCAACUAGCAGCUGAGCUUUAUGUGCCAGGAUUCAAUGUAGCAGCUGCAUCAGAAGAGGAGGAGGAGCAGCCAAAUGAAGAAAUGGUGGAGGAUGAGGAAAAAGUCACAGAGGAAAGAAAUAUAUUAAAAAGUUGA